AUGAAUCGUAAUAACAACACCGCAAACAACACUGUACCUGCUGAACAGUGCCAAGGAAACAACAGAGCUGUAAGCAAUGCUUCAGCACCACCAGAUUCACUUGUUUCCAUCUUCAUGUCAGCAGGAUAUCAAAGAACAUCCCAACGAUUAAUUCCCAGUCUACCGCCGCUUCCACUGUCAUCAGAGGAGGACAGACAAGAAGGACUCUACGACAUACUCUCUGCGGCGAUUGAAAUCGUGGAUGAUUCAUCUGACAUGUUUUCACAGUGCACCAACCGAAUCUCCUCGUCCCGAAAUACCAAGAGACGCCGCCUGGGGUCCAAGAGACAGAAAAACCAAGGAAGCCCAAGGCAGUGA